GUUGAUUGGUUGGUGAACAAAUGACGUCAUAAGAGGAGACUCCUGGUUGGUGGUUCAAGAGACUCAUGUCGGCCUAGAGGAAAUCUCUCAGCUCACUCAGCACAGAGUACUCAAUAUGUGUAUUGGACCCUUAAAACGAGUAUGUCACUGGGGGCCGCUUGUUGCCCUGGGAAUAAUCAAGUCAGUAACAUUUGCAACAGUGAGUUGCCUCUCUCAGUGGUGGCCUCCACAAGAGUCCUGGGGUGGGACAACCCUAUUUUUCACCUUCAUGAGUUGUGCCAUUCUUACACUGUAUUGCUUCUUGCACGCCAUGUACACUGGGCCAGGGACUUUGCCUCUCAAAUGGCUGCCGGAAAAGGAAACCGACAAAGAGUUUCUUCAAUUCUGUGGAACGUGUGAAGGGUACAAGGCUCCUCGCUCACACCACUGCCGCAAGUGUGGACGCUGUGUGAUGAAGAUGGACCACCACUGCCCGUGGAUUAACAACUGUGUUGGUCAUAAGAAUCAUGGCUCUUUUACACUCUUCCUUCUGUUUGCUGUGCUGGGAUGUGCUCAGGCAUCUGUGGUGCUUGCUUUGUCCAUCUACCAUGCCAUACAUAGGACAUGGUACAUCUACUACGGUACUGGGAGGGAGCCGAUGGUUUACAUGAGCUUGUGGGGGAUGGUGAUUUGCAUGUUUGUCCUGGGUCUGGCUAUUGGUGUCGUGCUGGCUGUGGGUAUGCUCCUCUACUUCCAGUUACGAGCAAUUCUUCGGAAUAGAACAGGCAUAGAGGACUGGAUUUUAGAAAAGGCCAUGCAUCGACGUGAUUCAACUGAGAAGCCAUUUAUAUAUCCAUACAACUUGGGUCGCUGGAAUAACUUUGCGCAGGUUAUCAAUGUGUGGUGUGAACCCAAUGGAGAUGGCAUUGUGUGGCCAGUUCGUGAAGAAUGCAACCAGUAUACCCUUACAAUAGAACAGCUUGCUCAGAAGGCCGAGAAACGUGCCCGAAGUCUAGAAUAUCAAAUUGUAGAGGCCUAUUCUGGCUGGUGGUUUCCGUGCACUAAGGGCUUUGGUGUGUGUUGUCACCCUCCUUGCACAGAUGAAUCUCGGAUAUCACUGCAGCCUGGUGAUGAAGUUUUGGUAACACGCUGGAAAAAGUACUGGCUCUACGGUGAACGUAUUAACUUGAAAGACUGUUCGGCAGCUCCUCGGGGAAGUAGCUCGUUCCGCCACAGAGGAUGGUUUCCCCGUCGCUGUGCUGUGCAGCUGUUCUGCUUGGAGAAUGAUCUUGAAAAUACUUUGCCAUCUGAUGCUCCAAACAAUCAAAAGCAAAACCAGAGGCAAGUGGAGAACAAGAAAAAUCGGUGAUGUUCCAUAAUAUGUCUGGGAGAGUCAAAUUUACACUCGAGUGAAAGUUGGGUGUAAAGAACGCAUAAGCAAAAGCUGUUAUCUUUGUUUUGAUAUUGCUGGUUAAUGCAUAGUAAUAUGUGGUUACAUGUGCAGCUGAUGCAUCAUUUAGGGAUAAAUAUGGAAUCGUAAUCAAAGAGGUCUAAGCAAUAUACCUAAAUACACCAAUACAGUACAUGAAAGUUUGGUGUUCAUGCCGAAUGUACGAUAGACGUUCCACUUGUGUGACAGUCAAAUACUUGUCAUACAACAGUAACUAAGCUUUCUAAUUCAGUUGCUGGAUGCAAGUCAGUAUAAUUUUCCUGUCUGUUACAUUCUCCAGAUAUCAAAAGUCAUAUUCGUAAUUAAAUAUUUAAAGUUGAUGCACCACACUGAUCGAGACUCAAUCUUUCUCUUUUCAUUGCCAUUCAUUACAGAAAAUUCUGAAUAGUAUUUAAACUGGAAACAAAGUACAUUUCUUAUAACCCAUGGUUAUAGGGAUUUAAAUGUAUAAAUAAUAAUGUCUAUUUACCAACCAAUUAUCUUAUGAUAAUGGAAAUGAUCUUUCAUUAUGAUGACUACAGUGGGUUCCCUCAUUCUGAUGACUACAGUGGGUUCCCUCAUUCUGAUGACUACAGUGGGUUCCCUCAUUCUGAUGACUACAGUGGGUUCCCUCAUUCUGAUGACUACAGUGGGUUCCCUCAUUCUGAUGACUACAGUGGGUUCCCUCAUUCUGAUGACUACAGUGGGUUCCCUCAUUCUGAUGACUACAAUGGGUUCCCUCAUUCUGAUGACUACAGUGGGUUCCCUCAUUCUGAUGACUACAGUGGGUUCCCUCAUUAUGAUGACUACAGUGGGUUCCCUCAUUCUGAUGACUACAAUGGGUUCCCUCAUUCUGAUGACUACAGUGGGUUCCCUCAUUCUAAUGACUACAGUGGGUUCCCUCAUUCUGAUGACUACAGUGGGUUCCCUCAUUCUGAUGACUAUAGUGGGUUCCCUCAUUCUAAUGACUACUUGAUAACCACAGAGGGUUCUCAUUCUUUUUUUUCAUUCUGAAACUAAAGUGGGAUCCUUUUGUUGAUAGUAUAGGACAUCCUUAUAUAAUUGUACAGUACAUAAUUUGUUUCAUUCAGAAAGAUUGUUACAGUAUGUAUGUUUUAAUUUUUGUGUUUUGUAUUAUAUUUAUUACUAGCAGAGAUAUCUAGGUGGAGAACCAGCCCCCAAUUCCCCCACUUUUCAAAUUUUAGCUUCACUAUGUGCUAUACCAAAACUUUUCAGGUCACCACUACACACGAUUUUCGGUACACACACUACCUUCACUGCACCCGGUAUUCACCCAGGCUAUAAUCCUCACUACACACAAUCUUCACUAAAAGCAAUUACAGUAGCAGUGUUUGUAGAAUGAUUUUUGUGGGGGAUGUUUGGAAUAUAUGUACAUAUGAUUUUAUGCCUCUUGCUUCAGCUUCAUAAUGCACUAUGAAACAAACGAGUAAUCAUAUUAUUCUGGUUAAAGAGAAGUAGCAUGUUUCCGUUACUGAAUGAAACAAAGAUAAUGGCAAAAUAACCCUGUGUAGCUGAGGACAUCUUUACACAGUUCUUUCUGUAAAAAAUCAAGUAAAGGUUUCUUAAGGUGUUCCUGGCAUGUGUGUUCCACAUGCUUCACAGCUGUCAUCAGAUCUCAAUUGAAAAAAUAAUCAUAUCUUGACUAACAUACAUAUGUCAGUUUGAAGUUGUAAUAGAAUUUGUGUUACUUUUAAGUAAUAUCUCAGGUGUAGCAAUUUAUAAUUAUUAGGCAAAUGCCUCAGCUGUUACAGAAAAACUAAUACUGGGAUCCCCCAUUAGUUACUAAUUCUUAUCUUAACUUUUCAUAGGUCAUCAUUCUUAAUUUAUCAUGGACAUUUGUUAGGAAGGCUUGCAAGUCGGCAAAUAAUUGCUUGAGAACAGGAGUGAGUGCAAAACAAUAAGAUGAAUUGGCAAAAUAGACAAAGAACAAUGUUCAAAGUGAAGGAUAGCAGAAUGAGUGAUCUUUGAUGGUGAUUAAGAAUCACAAAUGAGUCACAUAAGCUUAUCAUGGGGAGACCUUUGUCAAAAGCUUGUCAAAGGUCUCCUAAUUUGUCCUGAAGAUUUUUUCAAGCUGGAUUUUAAAGUCCAAUAGAGUUUUGGCAUGUAAGGCUUCACCGGGUAAGCUGUUCCAUGGGUUCAUAACCUUGUGGGUGAAAAAGCAUCUGUUCAGUCCUACUUUGUGGCUUGUUGAGCUUGAAAUGUUGGUCCUUGUUUGUGUAACAUCUGACUUUUUGAAGAAGUUGUCUGUAUCAACAUUCUUCAAAUUGUUCACUAUUUUAAGUUUUGAUGAGAUCAGCCCUAUCAUGUCUGGGUUUGCAGUGUUAGCCUUAUGGCCCUCAACCUGUCCUGGUAUGAAAGUUUACUUAGUUCUGGAAUUAUUUUUUUUACCUGGUGUUGAACUCUCUCCAAAGAAGCUAUGUUUUUCUGAAGAUGUCUCGAUGCUUGGAUUCAAUAAUCCAAGGCAGGGGGGAAUUAUCAGGAGAAAGUGCCAAGCCCAUUACUACCAUUAUGGCUAUAUAGCACUUGGAAAGGAUCAGCAUAUGGAUUUGGGAUGAGAUGGGGGAAAGGAAUGGCGAGGUAGGGGCAUGCAUUUGAAUAACUAACUACUGAUGCAGUCAUAUUAGAGCACCAUUACAUCUAGCAAUCUCUUUUUUUUUUUCCCCUUUCUAGUGUCCAGAUUUUCAGUUAUCCAAACAUUUGGAGAAAUCAAGGGUUUACUGGAUCUUCCUUAGUAUAAAUUCCUAGUGCAUAAUUUAUACUAGUUUUAAUGUAUAUGAUGUAACAUUUAUACAUAGAUGUAUAAUUUAUACAUCACAAAAUGAAACCACUAUAGAUUUUUUAAUAGGGUUAGAGAGAGAUUUCUUGUUAACAAGGAGUGUAACCUUGUUUUUCCCCAUAACGAAAUGUCUUCAAGAUACCUUUCAUAACUUGUCCUUCCUGUGACAUCACUUGUCUUAUGCAUUUUUGCUCUUGUACUGUUUUCCUAAUGAUAUCUAGGAACUCUCGGAGAUUAUGUAACACAGUCAGCACUACGUAGCCAUUAUGGCUUAAUAUUUUUAUCUGAUAUUUAUGUACCUCUUCAAUUUAACAAAGUUUGCAACACGUCCUUAUUAACUUUUGAGGGAUCUCUACAGUGUACACUAUUUGCAUUUCUAUGCUAAUAAAUUAUAAUACAGUAUUUAUAAUAGGUUUUAACAUAAUUGUGCAUAUGAAAAUAUGUAGAAUCAAGUCAAAUCUUUUUAGAACUGGUAUGUAUAUGCUAGUUUUUAGUAUUAAGUAGUAAACAUGAUACUUUUGGUUUUCUAGGAUAUGCUGGGGCUUUUGAUGCAUUAAAUGUGUGGUACAUGAUGUAUAUAUAAAUAGUAUUUCUAGUUUGUACAUACAGUAAUGAAAUAAAAAUUACAAAGUUGAUAGAA